CCAUUCAUCCAUUCAUCCAUUCAUCCGGGCAGGCAGGAAGUGGCUCAAGGUCUUGGGGGUGCGGGUCAGUCCCGCCGCCAUCAUGCACUCGGCUGGGGACAACUAAGUCCCAAAAAUGAGUCACCAAGGGGGUGAUUCCGUGGCUCCGCACCUCAGCUGGGACCGCUAAGCCGCUCGCCCGCCCGGGUCACCCGUCUUCUCAUUGGAUAUCGAGGCCCAUGCAGGAUGACCGGAGAGGGAGUCCAGGUCCAGGUCCAGCUCGGCCCGAGCGCAUGACGCUCCAGGCGGCCCCGUCAUGCGUCUCCGAUCGGAGCCCGGCAUCCACUCCCUACGACUCCUCUUCCUCUUCAUCUUCGUGAUGGGGGCGGCGCCCUCGCCGGCCGUGACCGCCGGCUGCCCCGACAGGUGCGUGUGCGACGACCAGCUGGUGGUCCAGUGCGCCGGGCAGGACCUGGUCUUGUUCCCCAGCGACCUGCCCCUGGCCACGCGGCAGCUCAUCAUCUCCAACAACCGGAUUGGAGACCUGCCGGCGCUGCAGCUCAACUACUUGUCCGAUUUGGUCUACUUGGACUGCAGCAACAACUCCCUCUCCGAAAUCUCAGAGUCCACCUUCGGGAACUUGCGCAAACUGGCCUACCUGGACUUGUCCUUCAACACCCUGCUGCAGAUCGAGGACCGGACUUUCGGGCCGCUGGCGUCCCUGGUCAUGCUGCGGCUGACGGACAACCCCGGUCUCGGGGAGGUCCACCCGGAUGCCUUCUCUGAGAACAUGGCUCUGCAGGUUCUGGACGUGAGCCGGAACAACCUGACGGUCCUCAACAUCAGCGGGCUGAUCGCUCUGCCGGCUCUGAGGUCUCUGGGCCUCAGCGGGAACCCGUGGAAGUGCGACUGUGACACCGAGGACCUCUGCCUUUGGGUCCAGAUAGAAGGCUUCAAAUUCCAAGACGAGGGCCAGACCGUUUGCCACGGCCCCCCCGAGCUGGCAGGCCGGCGCCUGGCCGAGGUGGGCAUGCAGCUGCGGGUGGACUGCCACCAAGGCUUGGGCUACUGGGACUACCUCUUCUUCGUCGCCAUCGGCUUCAUCAUCUUCUCGGCGGGCACCGUGUCGGCCUGGGUGAUGGGCGUGCUCAUGGUGCUGUACGAGCGCUACAGCAAGCGCCGGAGCGAGGAGCUGGACAGUGACGACGAGGACGAGCGGGGGGGAGGACGAGGAGGAGGGAACCAUGGCAACGGGGACGUGAGCAAGCCUGGCAUGCAGGUUUGACCGCACCCGCGACCCCCAGAACCAAAGACUCUGCAAAGGCUACACGUUUAGAUACUGCGGCUACGCUCCCCCAAAUAUUGGACCGUGUGUGUGUGUGUGUGUGUGUGUGUGUGUGUGGGCUGGUUUUAAGGAUGCCUUCAACUCUGGAAUACAGGAAAUGACCCUGAGAGUAUUGACAGCAAUAAGUACCCCCAAACCUUUUUUUUUUUUUAAGUAAAACCUGCAAUUUUGGCACAUAUCAUUACAGUAACAAUUCAAUUCAGUUACAUAUAUAUAUUAUUUAUUUAUUUUUUUAUACGCCAAUUUGUUCCCUUUUUUUGUUUUUGUCAUACAUUCCAAAAAGUCAACAUGCACUAUUUCCAUUUGUGGAAAGAUUUCCAAAUGUAAUUACAUUUCUUAUGUCAAUAUGUAAUAUGCACUUUUUCAAAUGUAUUAAUUAAUUUUUUUCCGUUAAAAAACAAAAAAAAGCAACAUGUUCCUCUCGAUAAAAGCUCAGUUUUGAUCCACCCUGGUCGUUUAUACUGCCCUAUCAAAUUAAAUCAAAUUUAAUUCAAUUCAAUUAAA